ACAAACAUAGGAACCUAUCUAUAACAAAUGAAGAUGAUUCUAAUUAUCUUCUUCAUUUUUUCUCUUCUGUCCCUCUCCAAUGCUUCUGUACUAGAUUUCUGUGUUGCUGAUUACACAGCACCUAAUGGCCCUGCAGGAUAUUCAUGCAAGAAGCCUGCAAAGGUCACUGUGGAUGAUUUUGUUUACACUGGCCUUGGAAAUCCAGGUAACACCUCAAAUAUAAUCAAAGCUUCUGUGUUACCGGCAUUUGAUGCACAGUAUCCUGGUGUGAAUGGCCUUGGAAUUUCUGUGGCACGUUUAGACUUAGCAAAGGGUGGAGUUAUACCACUUCAUACACAUCCUGGAGCAUCAGAGUUACUUGUUGUUGUGCAAGGAACAAUCUGUGCUGGGUUUGUUUCAUCUGAUAACUCUGUUUACCUUAAAACUCUUAAAAAGGGUGACAUUAUGGUGUUCCCACAAGGCUUAUUGCACUUCCAAAUUAAUGGAGGUGGUACUCCUGCUCUGGCAUUUGUGAGCUUCGGUAGUGCAAAUCCUGGUCUUCAAAUUCUGGACUUUGCUUUGUUCAAAAGUAAUUUUCCAACUGAAUUGAUCACAGCAACCACUUUCCUUGACGCUGCUCAGGUUAAGAAGCUUAAGGGUGUUCUUGGAGGCUCAGGUUAAAACUCAUGAAAGAGACAGGACACAAGGGGAAUGAUGUCUCAUUUUGUUAAAUUUAUUAAUUUCUCGCGUGUGUGUGUGGUUUUCGUUUUGGGUUUAGCAUGCAUGCAAACGUGUAAUUUUCUUGUUCUUCUUCUUCUUCUUUAGCUGGCAUUGUUAACUGCAUCAGUUAUCUGGUUUUUGUUGUAUUGUUUCUUGUUGUCAAGUUUCUUUUAACGUGCAGAUAAUGUCUUACUUUAGAAAAUUGUGCUACGAGAUGAAU